GUUACAUAAGACAGCUGCAGUUGUUUUGUGCUGUUGAGAUAGGAUUCAGAAUCAAGUUGCCUCGUUUUCGAAAACGAAUGACCGUCAACAACUUAUUGCUUUCACGACUCAUAAUGGCACAUGCUGGAAAACCCAGCAUUGACGAAAAGGUCUUGCAGUAUGAAACGUUUAUUAGCGAUGUGUUGAAACGAGAUUUGGAGAGGGUAUUGGAGCAAAGAGAUGGAGUGUAUGAAAAAAUCGCACAAUAUCUACAACUGAAAAAUACCAUUGAAAGCCUAAAGGUAUAAGUUACCACCAUGGCACCAACUUACAUUGGAUAUCUAUGGGCCAACACCAUGAUGAAUAGAUGUGACCAUCAAACAGAAUCUGAGACGAAGGGACUCAAAACAGAGAUAGAUCUUGGCUGUAAUUUCUACGUCCAAGCACAUGUGGAGGACUCCUCAAAAAUCUUUGUUGCUGUUGGAUAUGGCUUUUUUGUUGAGUUAACGCACUCAGAAGCUCUGAAGUUCAUUGAGAAAAAGACAAAUCAGCUUACAGCACACACUGAAGUGUUGACCAAAGACUCAGCUAAAAUCAAAGCCAACAUUCGCAUGGUGUUGGAGGGAUUAAGAGAGCUUCAAAGUCUUACGGAUGUUCCAGAGAAAAGGACGAGAGAAGCUCUUUAGCUGCAGUAGUGCUUCUGUUCUGACCUUUAGUUAUCCGUUUUCUAUCACGUUCAUAAUAGUGAUAAGGCUGUAUUAUUUCCAUUGCUCUUUGGUUUAUCUGAAGCAAUAUAAAUGGUGUGUAAACCAAACCUUUGAUACAAACUUUGCAUCUGAACAGGUUGUACUGUUUAGAAGUUGCUUUAAAACUGUAAUUCUGUAUAAAAUAAAAUGGGGAAAGAAGUUUCAAAAUUUGUAAA